AUGCUUCGCCGCACACUUAGCCGGUUCAUGGCGUCGGAAUCGAUCGGGAUCGCGCACCCGGAUGUAUUGUGGGGGCAUAUGCAAGGGCAGUACGCCGGUCCGGGCUGGUCGUGCUACCUCAAAUCCCUUCCCAUGGAGUGCUUCAUGAUGCAGGGCGGGUCCACGAUGACGAACGUCAACGACCGCGAGGGCUCCUACGUUGAUCCCGAGGACCCCCGCCACCCGCUCGCGUUGUUGCAAUUCGGCCCCAACGGCCACUACGACGGCUCGCUGCUGCAGCUCACGUGGGGGGAUUUCGGCAGCGUCUCGCGCGGCUCCCGCCUGAUGCAGGCGCUCUACGACGCCUACCUGGAGCCCUUCUCGAUGAAUCGCGUCUGCGCGCAGCUUUAUUUUUAUCAAAAGGUGCCGAACAACUACCACGCCUCGGUAGAAGCGUCCGCGGAGUACAUCGGGCAAACCGCCGCGCUCAUCGGGCAGGUCGUCGUCGGCAUCGGCAGCUGCAUCAUGGAAGGGGUGACGGUGAAAGGGGAUACCAACUGCGUUUACAUCGCGGAGGGGGUGCAAAUUUUAGAAAACACCUGCAUCGUCAGCGACGCGCCGACGGAUCUUCUCGCGUAUCAACGCCACGAGUUGCUCAAUCCUUAUCAGCAGUGGGAUGGCAUGGAUGGGGUUUGCCGGAUCAUGCCAAACACCAUCAUCGAGCCGAAUUGUUUUCUCGAUAGCUGCUCGAUCGGCAGCUUCAACCGUAUUGGGCAUAACACGAAGAUCCUGAAAGGGGUGGUAACGGGGAUUAUGGUGCAUAUCCUGCCCGGCAGCGUCGUAACCGCGGAUACGAAGAUUAACGACGGUGAAAUAUGGGGUGGCGCACCGGCGCGGAAGGUGGGGGAGGUGGGGAAGUUUGAGUGGAAGCGACCGUACUACCCCUCGCUUCUGCACAAGGAAAGCGUGAACGAGUCGUAUCGGAAUAUGUCGCGCUACGGCGACCAGGUCGUGCACUUCGAGAACGCCAUGGGCGAGUUGGAAUCGUUGAUGAUUCGGUACGAAGACGAUAUCGACCCGGAAACGAAGGCGAAGAUACGCGAUUUCGAGGAAGGUCGAGAGCCCUUUCACCACAUGGUAACGCGUAUCACGCAGGGAUGGUCGCCCGCUGCGCGGCCGGAUGAACGGAACUACAACCUGACGCCACCCCUCCCCGCCGUGAAGCUCUAUGCGGAGCACAAUAAGGACUCCAGUGAUAGUAAUCUCCACGGUACGUAUAAGGAUCUAACUAACUUUUUCAAUGAUUUUAGAUGGUAG